UAGUCACAGAGCCACCGUCGUUCUCUUUCGUUUUUGUUUGAAUUCCAUUAAGAGACCUUAAUUCAAAACCCUAAUUUGAUCGAUUUCACUAUCGGAACCCAAGAGAAAGAAAGGGAGAGGAUGGAGCAACACGAAGAGCAGGAGCCCGAGGUGUACGGAGGGGAGAUUCCCGAUGAGGAAGGUGAGAUGGACGCCGACGUGGACAUGCCUGGUGGAGCUGAAGAUUACCAAGGCAACGAUCUUGAUCUCCAGCAUGAUCCUCAUUCCAACUCCAAGGACUUGGAGGAAAUGAAAAAGAGACUUAAGGAGAUCGAAGAUGAGGCCGGAGCUUUACGUGAAAUACAGUCUAAAGUCCAGAAGGAAAUGGGCGGUGGCCAAGAUUCCGCAGGUACUUCUGCGACCCAAGCCGAGAAGGAGGAAGUUGAUUCUCGCUCGAUUUAUGUCGGUAAUGUAGACUACGCUUGCUCCCCUGAGGAAGUUCAACAGCAUUUCCAGUCCUGUGGAACAGUUAACAGAGUGACAAUUUUGACCGACAAGUUUGGCCAGCCCAAAGGAUUUGCCUAUGUUGAAUUUGUUGAAACUGAUGCUGUUCAAAACGCUGUGCUUUUAAGUGAAUCAGAAUUGCACGGUCGUCAAUUGAAGGUUUCUGCGAAACGAACAAAUGUUCCUGGAAUGAAACAAUAUCGAGGAAGGCGACCCAACCCAUAUUUCCGCUCCCGAAGACCGUUUAUGCCGGCUCCUGUGUUCUAUCCUCCAUAUAGCUAUGGGAGGCUUCCAAGGUUCAGGCGCCCUACGAGAUACAGACCGUAUUAGAAUGGGUCUCGCAAUGUCAAAAGUUGCGAAUUUCGAGAUGGCGAUCGCUUCAUUGUGUUGUUGUUACGAACGGAGGAAGUCGAACUCCGAUUAGCUUGCCAAAGGGCUGGCCGGCUUUUUUAUUUUUAUUUUUAUCGAAUUGUGAGCUUGCUGGAGUCUGAAGGGAUACAUUCAUCUGAUCUUUGCAUAUGGUUUGGGUUCAAAUCAGGUUAAAAGAGGCAAAUAUGCAAAUAUUGUAGUGAAAUAUUCAUUGGGUGUUGAUGAUGCAGACAUAAGCGGAGCAUGUGUGGUCAUUUUGUAUAAGGAAUGUGUCUAAUUCGAACACCAACAGUGGCGGAGUCAUAGCUCGGUGAGA